AAUUUACAAUUGAUUUUGUUAUGAAUUUGUAUUUGUUAUAAAAUUUCUUCAAAUUUGUAAUUAAAAUACACAAAUAAGUUAUUUGUUAGUGAACAUUAAAUCCUCCAGUUAAUUUAUCUUGAACGACAAAACUGCAUAUUUUGGAAAACAUGAAAGCUACCCUGAUAUUCGACAGUGUAAACAACUUGUUGUUUUCAAAAUGGGAUGAUUCUUUUUUACAGCGUAUGAAAUCACUAAAUGAACAGAGCUCAGAUGGGAAUAUUACUGACAGUUAUAAUAUUGCUCAAUUGUUGUCACCUAUAAUAACAUCACAACGCAUAAUGGCUGCCCAGUUUGGUAAUACUUACUCCUCCAUGCAGUGUAAGGAUGACACUGUAAUAGUCUUUGAUGAGUUCCUUGACCAUGUUUUCAUGAUCAUUACAAAGGAUGAUAUUGAUGACGCUCAAAGAGAGCUAUUGGAUUGCAAAACAUUGGUACAGCAUAUCUGCGGACAAAACAUAGAUUUGUUACAUUCCCCUGUAUACCAGGGUUGGUUGUCUGUGUUACUCGACAGCCAUACCAAGGGUGACUCAAUACCUGGUGCCAGUGGUGUGAUAGGUGAGAGUGGUGCUACCGCCUCUGCACUAAAUGCUCUCAAAACUAUUUCAAAGGAGAUCAAAUGUGCAUCAUAUCAACAUUACCAUCUCAUAUUGUUUGUUGGUGAUAAAAUGCUGGCUUUGUAUUCAAGCCGUGGCAGUGAAGAUUUAAUGCCUCCAGAUCUUAUUCUACUCAGUUUUCAAUGUAUUGCCGCACAGGAACAUUGGAGGAAUGUUAACAAAUCUGAUACUAAUACUGCAUCUAAUUCUUGGCUGCCAUGGUUGUCAGAAGAGAAUAGUGCGAUCGUGAACUUAUGCGCGGGCGGUGCGGUGGUGCCGUGUGCGCCGCAUUCCUUGCACAUCGCGGAGGUAGCGCCUCGUAUCGUGCUUUUAGUGCUGGUUGAUAUGGAGAUGAGGGACAUAGGCAUCGCUGCUCAUAUGUCCAGCCAGAUAUUGUCAAACCUGGAAAGGCUGUUACUGCAAAGAAACUUGGAAAUGCUGCCCAACACAUUAGAUAACCUGGAAGCUGCAAUUAAGAAGACUACAGAUGCUCUACGUAAGAACAAAUCAAAUAGCAACUUGUGCGCGAGACUCACCAGCCGUAUGCUGGAACUGCGCAAGUCGUGUACCACCACGACACCCCUCACGCCGGAGACCACGGCCACGGCCAUGAGGACCGCGCUCGAUGCUCUGCUCGACCACCUCAAGCCAGACAUACCUAGUCUGAAGAUGGACCAACCAUUGAAAGAUCUCACCAACACUCUAGCGCCGUAUAUCGACUUUCUUCGUGUCAAAGCAAUGCGAUACUUCAGCCUCGGAUCGCGCGAGACGGAUGCGAGUUCCCUAACGCUGCACAAGUAUCUGUCCGAGUUCCCCGGACUCGUGCACUUCGUGUACGUGGACCGCACCACCGGCCGCUUCCUCGCACCUGACAUGGCCGACUGCGCCCACAUGCUCAACCCACACACUGUCAGUUAUAUUUGUAAUUCUGUCUUAUUUAUAAACACAGCUUAUGUCAAAUCCUGCCACCUGUCGCUGACUAAAUAUAACUAA